AUGCAGUCAUUGGACCAGCAGGAGAGGGAAGUGCACCAAACCCAACUGCGUGUCCUUCGAGAUCAGACCUCUUCCUUCGUGCGGGAUUUGGCGGCUGUAAAAACUGAGCUCGUGGGUUUGAAACUCACACUGGGGAACGUCCAAAGCAAGAGUUCCUCUGACAAGAGUUUGAUUGAAAUCAGUCAGAAGAAGCACAUGCAAGUGGUGGAUGGGCUUCUGAAACAGCUCAUGGAGCAGAACCAGCAAAUGGCCACUCAGGACAAGCUUGCUUCGGUCAAAGAGCAGAUGGAGCUGUCCUUCAGGGAAAAAUUCCAGAAGCUGGCGGAGGCGGAGAGCUUGGACGGAAAGGCGCAGCAACGUUUGGAGGCGCUGGAACGACAAGUGUCCGAGCUGCAACAGUCCCUGCGGCAACACCAGGAGAAGCAGCAGGAGAUGGUCCAAGACCUCAAGCUGGAGCUUGGAGAGAAGAUGACCAUUCAGCACGGGCUGAUGCAAGACUGCCUGGCAAAGUUACAGGAGUCGCACCAGAAGGCGAGCGAGAAGCACGAAACCUUAGCAAGGUACGUGGACGAAGUGACAGGGGAAGGUGGUUGCAUCCACAAGAAGCUGAAUGACAUGCAGGAAGUGGCGGUGAACGCUGUCCAAGAGCAUGUGCAUUCCAUUCGGGCACAGGGACGCAAGUUGGAGGCACAUCAGCUGUCUUUCGAAGAGCGCCUGGAGCACUUGGAAGGGAUGUUCACGGAGCUUUUUGAGAAGAGCAACCGUGAGGCGGAGGAGGAUAAGGAGGAUAAGGAGUCUCUACGUGUAGUCGUUGAGCGGAUGGAAUACUUAGAACGCCUACUCGAGCGGCGAAAGGGUCGAGGCGAUGAUGACGAUGGGAAAAAAGUGAGCUACUCCAUCCAUGAGCAGCUGACAGACCAUGAUGAUCGGCUCCGGGGUCUUGAAAGCAGCACACAGGAGCAGCAGUCUCGUCUCUGGAUGGCCAUCGACACUCACACCCAUGACCUUUCAAGUCAAACGCUUCGAAAGUCACCGUCCCAUGGCAGCGUGGAGACAUCUCCCAUGUCCCGCAGCCCACCAGUCACCAGCACCGCACCUGUGCUGGUACCCAGCGUGCCUACGGUGCCCAUUGUGGCAGGGGGUACACCGCAUGGAGCAGUGAGGGUGGCCACAGUCUUACCCAUGAGUCCCAUGGCCAAAGUGAAUGGGCAAGGUCCAGCACCUGGAUUUGUGGAGCGAAUACCUUCCAAUGUGUCCAAGGCGGCCAGCCAGAGACAGUUCUCCAACAGCCUUGCCAGCGUCAACACGGUGAACACCGUGAACACGGUGAACACCGUGAACACCAUGGCCUCAAGCAGUCGGACGUUAUCACCCUCCGCAGUACCAUAUCCCUGGCCGGAGGAGGUUGAGCGAAUCUCUUGCGGUCAAGCACAUUAUGACGGGAGUAGAUCUUCCUGUGCAGAGCUUCCCAAAGGAUGA